AUGCCUCCCAGCACACACCUCCGAGGACCCCCUGAUGACCCGAACGCGGAAUGGAUCAUCCAAAAGUACGGCGGCACCAGCGUGGGCAAGUUCCUCGACACCAUUGCAGAGCAGAUCGUGCCAUCGUAUCUCGCAGGCAACAAGGUUGCCAUCGUCUGCUCCGCUCGUUCCGGCCAGACCAAAGCGCUCGGCACCACCAAUCUGCUCCUCCAAGCUGCCAAUGAGGCGCUUGAAGAGGCGCUCACCCCGGCAGCAUCCCUCUCCAACUCAGUCGCUUCGCUCGCAAAUGGUGCUCAGACGCCCCUCCAUCGUCCUGGCUCGGCCUUCUCGCGCAAGUCUAGCACGCGCGGUACCCCGAUUGGUCGCGUCGAGCCGCUCAGCGGCAACGUGCUCGACAGCAAGCUUGAACAGCUCAAACUCAAUGGCAGCGAAUCCAAGCCGGUCAAGAGUGAUGCCGGCUCCGAUUCGGAGCCCGAAGUCGCCAUCGGGUUCAAUGCUACAGUCGACCGCAUCCUCUCGGACCACAUCGCUUCAGCAAGAAAGGCGGUGACCAAGAACAAACAGCUCUUGCAGCAGCUCGAGAGCGACAUUGCCGAAGACUGCGAUCGCUUGCGCGACUUCUUGCUCGCUGCCAAGAUCAUCGAAGAGAUUUCGCCCAAAUCCAAGGAUAUCAUCAUUGGCGUCGGCGAGCGACUCUCGUGCCGCAUCGCUGUCGGUGCGUUGCGCGAUGCAGGUGUCGAUGCAGAGCUCGUUACGCUCGAAAGCAUUGUCGACCCUUCCUUUUCCGCCCAUGCGGUGCAAGACGCUCAGGGAGAGUUCACGCUCGACCAGGCAUUCUACGAUUCGCUCAGCGAGGCAUUGGGUGAGCGUCUCAAGUCGUGCACUGGUGUGCCUGUCGUGACUGGCUACUUUGGCAACGUCCCCGGCUCGCUGCUGUCGCAGAUUGGACGUGGAUAUACGGAUUUGUGCGCCGCACUGUGUGCCGUGGGUGUAGUUGCGAAAGAGCUUCAGAUCUGGAAAGAGGUCGAUGGCGUCUUCACCGCCGACCCGCGCAAAGUGCCUACCGCGCGUCUCAUUCCGUCUAUCACACCGGAAGAAGCCGCCGAGCUCACAUACUACGGCAGCGAAGUCAUUCACCCCUUCACCAUGGAGCAGGCCAUCAAGAAGGCUAUUCCCAUCCGAAUCAAGAACGUGGAGAACCCUACAGGUACGGGUACCGUCAUCUUCCCUGAUGUUCCGGAAGGCCACGAUUCGUCCGAAGACAAGCUUGUCGACGGACACGUCGACCAGCCCCGUCCUCCUCUGACUCCCUCGGCGAGCAAGUCCAACUUCUCUGCAUGGGGUACGUCGGCAAAAACCGAAGCAGCACGCCCUGUGAUGGGCGAGCGCAAGCUGCCCACCGCCGUCACGAUCAAGGACAACGUGCUGGUGCUCAACGUGCACUCGAACCGCAAGACUGUCUCGCACGGCUUCUUUGCCAAGAUCUUCGGAACGCUCGACAAGUACGGCGUCGUCGUCGACCUCAUCUCUACGUCCGAGGUGCACGUGUCCAUGGCCAUGGCCGCCGGGUUGAGACCGAGGACGCUCGAGAAGGUCAAGCUGGACCUGCAGAAGGUGGGCACCGUCAGCGUGUUGCGCGACAUGGCCAUUCUGAGUCUCGUCGGCAAACACAUGCGCAACAUGGUCGGUGUCGCGGGCAGAAUGUUCACCGUGCUGGCCGAGGGGAAUGUCAACAUCGAGAUGAUCAGCCAAGGCGCGAGCGAGAUCAACAUUUCGUGCGUGCUGCACGAAAAGUUGGCUGUCAAGGCCCUCAACUUGAUCCAUUAUAGCGUUUUAGAGGUCAGUCCCAAACCGAGCAACUCGGAGGCGGGCGCUUUUGGAAGGUCCUUCUUCUAG